GUACGGCCUGACGCGAGAGACGUGAGGCCGCAGGCGAGAGACGACUGACAGCUCUCGCCCAGCUCCGCAAUCGAUUUUCACUUUUCUCCCCUAUCCCCGAAGUGAUAUUGGUGCGACCUUUGUGCUCUGUCCCAUUUAGCUCUUGAUAAUCCGGUGAUUCCGGUGCACACUGUCGAAUCAGCCUGCCGUGGCUGCUGUAUCGCUUGUCCCAGCCUCCAAGCCUCCAAGCCUUGCCCAUAAAAAAUCCCGAUUUCGACAGCGAAUCUCUCGUCAGGGGGUUUUGUUAGUGUUUCUCUUUGCAUUCUUCAAUUCGAACGACCUGACCGGACAACUGAGCGCAGGCAUGAGUGAUGAGCUCGCCGACAUCCAGAGCGGCAUAGGCGACAGCGCCGUCGCCGAUCAUGCGACGUACGAGGAAUAUCUGGACAGUCAAAUAAGCAAUACCGACUUAUACUUUCUCGAGGACAAAGAGCUAGCAAGACAACAAGUCGAGCUCGGGUACCGGGGCUCAGGCGAGCCAUUGAAACGAGAGGAGUUCGAGGCCAAGAAACGAGCGGCCGAGAACUUCCGUCUGAAUAAGCACUUGGCCACCAAGGUGCUUGCAUCGUAUGCAAAAGACCUUUCCGGAUAUCCAUUCUUGCAGGCACUGGCUGAGAGAGAGGAAUCCAAUCGGAGCGGCAAACUCACGUCCAUCAUCUUCAUCGGCACCUACAACGCCAAAAACCAGGAAAUCAGCGGUUACAUCGACUACGCGCACCGUCUCAAAACCGAAAACUUUGAGCCCUACUUCCUCCGCACACGGGCAUUGAUGCCACGCACGACAGACAUGAGCUUCUAUAACUGGGAGACGCAGACAUGCACCAGCAACGCGAUGCCCAAUUUCCAGGUGAUUGCAGACAAUGAGAGCGGGAUACUGUUCAAAAAUAAGCGAGAUCGGAAGAUAAUUAAUGUCGAUCCGAAGGAACCGAAACCGGGGGAUAAAACAACCGUAACACAUAUUGUGAAGGAUGAGCAUAUCCAGGUCGUCAUAUAUGACCAUCUCACCCGGCGGAAGACAUAGGACCAGUGAUGGGUCCGACGACUCAUUUAGCAGAUCGGAAAACGGGCGUUUGCAGGCAGAUUCCCGCGUAUACCCCGCAUAUACCCACGCCUCAGCAGUUGUGCAUUACCACUCCCCGUCAAGUACACCUUCCCUCAUAGCCCUCCCCACAUUUCUCAUCUGAGAGCUUCACCGCCAGAACGCCCCAGUACGCGUGCUUAUGCUCACACAUCUACAAGGUCUUCGAUUUCGACGAUCCAGAAUGCCGACCCGCUGGCAUCGAGCCGCCAGACGCUUCGGUGAUCGCCCAUAUGUUUCCGGCAUUGCUUGAUGCGCCGAGAAGCGGGCUAUUGACCCCCCGGUAUGUCUCGUAGCCGCUGUGUGCAUAU